UAGAACUACAUAGAGACGGCAAGUUCUUGUGCAUCCACUAACAAAAAAACUUUAUCAGUGCAUCAAAAUUGCGAGUGCAUCAUUACGAGUUACAAAAAGGCGCACCAUGGCACAUGCCCAUGUGACUGAACAUCCCCAUCUCUCUAGACCACCUGAGAUGGCAAAUCUUAGCAGGAGGAAGAACACAGAAAGCCAAGAAGAUCAGCCCAGAAGGGAGCGCUCCCAGACGCCACUGCCAGUGCCGCCAGCAAGGGACCCGAACAACGUCAGCACGAACAAGAAAAGGAAAAGGAAUGACAUCACAGAGGCCGAGAGGACAGGUGCUGCAGAUGGAGCGCGUGGGGCGAGAGAUGGAUGGGCCGAGGAGAAUAAAGUGGAGGAGGAGGAUAAUGGAAGCGCCGCGGCUUCACUUCCCUCCUGCUCCUCUGCCAUUAUCCAACGCAUCCCUGUACGGACUCUGCUGGAGAUUGAGGCCAAGCUGGUGUUCGGUGGCGAACAGGACAUUACCCAGAAGUCUGCGGCGGCGCAGGCCCCGGCCCCGGCCCACGCCGGCUCACAAUUAAUGUGUCAGCUGGCUGAAAUACUGGGCCCUCGAAGUGGACCUAAUCUCGGCUCUCUGCCUCAAAUUGACAAAUGGUUGGAUGUAGCCUUACAGGGUGCAGACUCAUGCUACCGACAGAAGAGAUAUGACACCGCAGCCAGCCAUUUUACCACGGCGCUUGAGCUGUGCUCCAAAGCAGCGAUCUGGGAAAAGCCCUGUAAUGCUGCUUAUGAAGACAUCUCCAGAGUUGCCAGCUCUAUCGAGUCCCGACUCGCCGCAUGCUAUCUCCGAAUGAAGAGGCCUGACAAAGCGCUUAGUCACUCCCACAGGAGUGUCCACCUGAACCCUGUGCUCUUCCACAGCCACCUGCAGCAAGCCAUGGCUCACCGCCUACUGGGGAACUCCUGCGCUGCAGCAAGAAGUGCCAUGAUUGCUGACUACCUGCACUGGCUGUCGGGGGACUCGGAGGAGCACAUAAGCAAGCUCAUCAAACAGUAUUGGCAGGGACUGUUGGAGAGUGUUAUAACAGAGGAGGAGGACUUCUCCGUGAUGUUCACGCCUUGCCCGGGAGGAGUACCCACCGACCGCUGCAUUCAGCACGCUGAAGAGGCCUUCCGCACAACACACCCCACCUUUACAGCAUAUCUAUUUACAGAUCGGAGAGGAGGGCAUUUCCUGCCCCAGACGGCGGAGUGGGGCGAGGCGUCUCCCAGAGCCUACUUCCUGACCAUGGGCUUCAGGAGGAGUCAGGAGGGCAGCUUCCUGGACAAGCUGCUGAGCAGGAGGGCCCCAGAGCUCACAGGACUGAGAGCUCCCUUCUCUCCGCCGCAAAUGGAAGAUGCAAAGAAGACCUGCGAGCACCUCGGACGGAGGAUUCUGCCCGUUCUGGAUGUUAUUAAGUGCACCAAACUCGCAGUGGGCUUCUCCACAGGCUCAGGGCUGGUGAAGAGGUUGCAGUACGCCAGCCACCUGGGCCGGCUGAGGCGCGUGGCAGAGCAAACACAGGUGCUGCAGCAGACACUCACCGAGCUCAGUGUCGCCCCCUAUCUCCAGGACAUCAGCGCACAGGACUACCUGCUACUGCAGACCCUAAUGGCAGACGCCGUGGACACCCUUGAAGGAAGGCGGACGGACAGCGAACGUGUGUGGAAUGAAAUGCUAAAGGUAGGUGUGAUGGAGGAGCUGGUGUAUGAGCUGGAGGAGUCCUUCCAUCGUGAGGAGGCGCAGAGAGCCACCAGAAGGGAGAAGGCCCGUGUGAGACGCCGCGCACGCCGGGAACAACUACAGCAGCAGAAGCAGCAGCAGCAGCAGCAGCAGCAGUUAGAGCAGGAGAAACAGGCCCCAAUGGACCAGGAGCUAACCCAAGAACAUCAGGAGCUAACCCAAGAUCACCUUGAGCUAACCCAGGAACCCAAGGGGCUAACUGAAGAACAUCAGAAGGAGCCUGAGCAGGAGCAGCACAGCUCAUCCCCGACCUCCUCCUCCCUGGCCUCAGCCACACCUCCUCAGGCCUCACCUCAGAUGAUCCAGCAGUCUGCCUCCCCUGCUCCCUCCCAGGGCCCUGCCCCAGCCAACACAGAGGCCAGCCAGCCUCUCCCCAGCCACGGUGGCCCUGCCAGCGAUCCAUAGGCCCAACACACAUGAAUCCCCCUCACACAGAUAGGCAGGCGCACACACACACACACACACACACACACACACACACACACACACACACACACACACACACACACACACACACACACACACACACACACACACACACACACACACACAAUGUCUCCUCCUCUACCUUCCCCUUCCCUAAUAGUGGGUAGCACCUCUUCACCCUCCUCUCCUCUCCUCUCUUCAUCUUCUCUCUUGUUCUCCUCUUUCUCUUUGCCUCCACAAAAUUCUCAUCUCCAAAAGGCCCCUCUCUUCUCCUCUCCUCUCUUCGUCUCAUCUCUGCUCUCCUCCCCUCACCUCUCCUCUCUGUCUCAUCUCUUCUCUCCGCUUUUCCCCUCCUCUCUCCCUUCUCAAACACUCAUCUCCAGAAAGCCCCUCUCCUCUCCUCGUCUCAUCUCUUCUCUCUCCUCUGCUCUCCUCUCCUCUCCCCUCCUCUCUUCCCCUCCACAAAUACUCAUCUCCAAAAGGCCCCUCUCCUCUCCUCUCCGCUCCGUUCCUCUCCUCUACUCUCCCCUCGUCCAUUACUCUCAGCAGACAGAAAUAAAUGGACUCGCCAGCCUUGCCUUCA